AUGAACCUGAGCUCCGAGCGCUCGUUACCUUUGACCCCGUCACCAGCAUCUGCAGGUGUAGUAGCGGCACUACCUUCCAGGCCACCUGCCACCUCGACCAUUGAAGACGGCGGCAUCAUUGAUCACCAGAUUGCUCAGACCAAUACCACACCUGAAGACACUCAGCCUCAUGACAACGAGGACGUGCAUGUGCAUUCACGAAGACCACCGCUUACAUCAGCCUCGACAUCGACCCCGUUAUCCACAUCAACGUCUGUCGAGCCAGCAAAUCGAUUUCGAGACCGUCCGAACGGUUUUCCAACAGACUCUAAGGAAGUAGAGCCUUACUUUGCAGGUGAAUCUGAAGGCCUAGAGUUCCUCUUCGACCAAGUUGCACCUGAUCGACCUGUGGUUGGUGUUCACUACCUCACACCAAGAAGGACAUACAGACACAAGCGGCCAAGGAUUUAUAGACCAUCGUCUCAGGAGCUCGGGUCCCAUAUUGCUCUGCCGCCACGUCCAGUCCAGCAAGAGCUAGUCAAGUGCUUCUGCUACUAUGUAUACCCUACUAUGCCCGUGGUAGAUCUUCGAGACUUCGUCGAGACUUUUGAAAGCGACACGCGCUCUUUCAUUGAGAAAGACGUCCUCCGAGCCAACCACUUACCUCCACGAAAGGUCCUGAAGGAACAGUACUACCAGAAUGCAAAGGAACACUACGAUUCCCAGCAUGAGCCUGAUAAAGCGGUUUUAAUUGCUUGCUGCUGCCUUCUGUCAACGUGGUAUGUUGACCUCGAGGAUCGUGAUGGCUCCUGGUAUUGGAUAGGGACUGGCAUCUCCCUCUCUCAUACCAUCGGUCUUCACCGAGCUGCGAAUUGGACAUCCAUGCCGUCGCGCCCGUUCUCCUCGCGGACGAGAUCGUUGUGGAGACGGAUCUGGUGGUGCAUAUUUUCCAGAGAAGCAUGGCUUGCUCAAGGAUUCGGUCGCCCAAUGCGGAUAUGCAUCGACGACUGUGACGAGAGCUUUCCGGAUGGGCGAGACAUGGCUGAAGACACGGAGAGGAUCGAUCCUAUGCCUACAAGUCGGUAUAUUCCCAUCGGUAUGCAAGACUUGGCUGAAGCAUGGCUCGUGCUUGUGCAUCUUAGUGCGGAAGUGGCAGAUAUCCUCACUAUGCAUUAUAGGCCAAGAAGUCCACUACCUACGCCUCAUACAAUGCGCACGCAAGAAGGACGAUUGCUGCGGUUGCGAGCUCGCAUACCUCACACGAAUGUGACGACGCCAAAAGUGGUACUCCUGCAUAUCUGUCAUUUAGAAAUGUACUUUAAUGCUGCACUGAUCUUGCUGUAUAGACCGCUUAUAGCAGCAACACCAGAGAAAGUCAUGGAGCUGGGAUAUGUCGAAUGUCGAAAUGAGUGCGUGAGCAAAGCCAAGGCAACGGCAGCAGACACAACGAACAUCCUCAAUAAGCUGAUGUCGAUCAAUGGAAUUGAACAAACUCCGAGCUCACUUACCAGUGCUAUCAUGACAGCAAUGCAGAUUCUGGUAUUCGAGAUGAGAACAAGCGGUGUUGGACUUGCCAAGAGUUACGCAGCACAUCAGCUAGACCUGCAUCAAUUGGUGCUCGGGCAUCUGAGGAAGACCUAUUGGACAGCUGACCUCACACACAAUCUGUUCAUUGAAGUGUUGAAGAUCCUGAAUGGUGACCAGGGGUCUGAUUCAGCUAAGGUGGGGACGCACGAGAACGCAACUUCAGACAGUAGCCGCGACGAGCUGGUUCAGCAGCCACAGGAUCAGCAUAGAGACAACCAGAACGUGCAGCACGCACAAGGACUAGCUGUUCUUGAUAAUGGACAGAAUAUGGCGGCACAUGCUUCGCUCGACGACUUUUUUGGUAUAUUCAAUCCAUUCAUGGGGUUACCUGGCCAUGGAGACGAAUAUAGGUGA